AUGACCGAGUCAAACCACCAUAACGGCGCACCUCGUACGCGACAACAAAGAAAGCGCGUCCUCAACGUGCUCGCUCAGCGAAGAUAUCGCGAGAGAAAGAGACAGCGCCGGCUGAAAAAGCAGCCACAAGAUGAGCCUGAAGACGAAGCCCAUGACGGUCUGACAAGAAACACAUUAGACAGCGAGCUUCAAACUCAUAUCAACUGCGACGCUGAGGAACUGGACGUGGGCGGUAUAGAUGGGAUUGAUAGCACCUGGCCUGGUCCGCUCAGCAUGUCGAUGACGCCACUGCCUCUCAACUCAGCUAUGGAGCCAAAUCUUUCACUGACCAACAACGAAUGGAACAUCUUUUCUUCAAACUCAGCUGGAGAAGCUCUACCUCUGCAAUUCUUUGCAUCAUCGACCAGUGCCAGUUCACCUCCGUCCUUUGGAACCAGUCCUGGCAGCACGAACUCUGAUGGCAGCCUCUCCGACAGCUAUCUUCUGCCUGUUUAUGAGCUGACGCUUCUCAAAGGACUGAUACGCAUAGCGGAGCGUCUCGGUUCGCCCGACGACGUCUGGAGUCUGACCUCGCAGUCGCCAUUCACCAAGGGGGGCGGCACGCCAGCUGGUCUGCUGCCCCCAACAUGGCAGCCUACAGCGACACAAGUCCUAAUGCCACACCACCCGUUUCUGGACUUCCUGCCAUGGCCCAGUGUGCGAGACAAGGUGAUCAACAUUUUCUGUCUUCCUGAAGGGUCACGACCGCCAAGCGCGGCUGGGCCGACGGGCUUGGCGAACCUAGCGUAUGAUGUCGAGGACAACUCGGAAGGUGUGCGAAUAUACGGGGAUGAUCCCUAUGAUCCGGCGUGCUGGGAGGUGGGACAGGUAUUCUUCCAGCGAUGGUGGUUUUUAUUCGACAGAGAUAUUAUAGCGACGAGCAAUCGCUGGAGGAGACUGCGCGGUGCGCCACCGCUCGCGAUCAAGGCAGCUGGUGAGGAGGACUUAUGA